AUGGCUCGACCUUUCAAAAGAACACGAAGAAAAGAAACCGAGCAAGUCAAGGAACCGGAGCCAGAGCCACAAUUCGAUGAUAAUGAACCGAUUGGAAUUAUUGAAAGCGAAGCAGAGGACUCACCAGCUCCGAUACCAUCAUUUGACAUGGGAAUCGACUCAACAAAACCCACGGCAUUUGAUAAGCUUCCUUGGAAGAAGGUCCCACUACCUGACUUCAUGGGUGAUGGUCUAGCCUUCGACCCGGAUGGGGGCGGAUUAUUAGGCUUGGAAGAACUCGAUGGCUCGGUUUGGGAAGAUAUCAAACAGUCUAGCCGUAAACGCAAUCUGGAUCGACUGGAAGAAAAUGAUGAUAAUGAGAAAAACCCGACGCUUGAAGAUCAAGACCAUCAAGACCACGUGAAAAGCCUCGAUUCCGAAGUUACAGAAGUCACACCAAGUCAAGCAACGAUCGAUAAAGAACUAAGGAAACAGGCUAAGAAGGAGAGACUGGCUAAGCUAAGGGAACUCAAGAAGAGUGCUCAACCCAAGAACCUCACCACUACCGAUUCUGUCAAUGAUGGUCAAACUGAACGAAAACAGCGAGAAAAUAAAGAAGUGGACGAUGAACUGGAUAAUGUUGACUGGGCUGCGACUGCUGAUCUUGAUGGAAUGUCAGACAUGGAAAGAGACGUUGAUGAUCAGUUGAUUAUGUUACCCUUCGAUGAGUCCCUACUACCUGCUUGGUCACAUAUCAAGCUGGCCAGUCCGAUCAAACGUGCCUUGUAUCAGCUCUCGUUCACCAAACCGACCGCUGUACAGGAAGCGAGUUUACCUGUCUCACUCAGUUCCACGGAUUCACCUCGAGAUUUAGUCGUGAUUGCCGAGACAGGGUCGGGCAAGACGCUGGCGUAUGCUCUUCCAAUCCUCAAUGCACUCCUCCUUUCUUCGCCCUCGCCGACAUUGAAAUCAAGUCCGCAAGUUUUGCCUAUAGUCACACUAAUCUUGACCCCAACUCGGGAGCUAUGUCUUCAAGUGAAAACUCAUAUAGACACAUUCCUUAAGGCAAUGUGCAGUGAGACUGAUCCGUCACAAGAAAGUACAAUGGGUGAGCCUAGCUCUUCGAAAAAUCGGACGGGAAUCACGACAGUCUCGAUUUGCGGUGGGAUUGCGAUGGCCAAGCAACGCAAACAACUCGAACGAAGCAAGAAGCUGAUGGAGCCCGGAAAAGGUGGUCUAGGCUGCAUCGUCAUCGCCACACCCGGUCGGCUUUGGGAUAUGAUCCAAAGUUGGGACGAAUUUGCAGAGGGAAUCAAGCGCAAGUUGGACUGGUUAAUCAUCGACGAGGCUGAUAAGAUGAUUGAGAAGGGCCACUUUGAAGAACUCGAAAAGAUCCUGAAAUUGACUAAACGCCCCAAACAGCGCCGUGCUCGACAAGAGAAUGGCGAAGAGGAUGAUGAUCAAGAUGAAGAAUGGGAAGAUGAAUGGACCUCGAAAGCGAGUAACGCGGAUAAUUUCAUCAAAGAGAAGAUCAGGACGAUGGUUUUUUCAGCCACUAUGGAUAAGAACUUGCAGAUCAAUCUAAAGAAGAGGUCCUUCAAGGGAAAACCGCCAACUGUCGGGGGCUCAAUACCCCCUGCCGAUCCGAUGCAUGACUUACUGGAACAGAUCGAUUUUAGAGAUCCACAUCCAGAAUUGAUCGAUUUAACUCCGGAAGGAAGAAUGGUCGGUGGACUCAAGGAGUGCAAGAUCGAAUGCGUGCUUAAAGACAAAGAUCUAUACUUGUUGCACUUCAUGCUACGUUACACGGGGCGGACGAUUGUAUUCUUAUCCUCGAUCUCUGCGCUUCGAAGGUUAUCGCCGAUGUUGAACCUGCUGUUACCCCACUCGACUGUGUUAACAUUGCAUUCAGAAAUGCAGCAACGGUCACGAUUGAAAUCAUUAGAUCGUUUCCGUUCCAGUUCGAAUUCGAUCUUGCUGUCGACUGACGUGGCUGCACGAGGCUUGGAUAUCCCGCAAGUUGACCAUGUCAUCCACUACCAGAUCCCUAGGUCUUCGGAUUGCUAUGUCCAUCGCUCCGGUAGGACUGCCAGAGCUGGAAAAGGCGGCGUUGCUUUGGCUCUCAUUGCGCCAGACGAACUCAAAACUUGGAGAAGUCUGAUGAAAAAUUUGGGAAGAGCCGAUGAUUUACCAUCUCCGCCGAUUGAGCAUUCAAUUUCGAAUAAGUUGAAAGAGCUAUUGGAGUUGGCUAGAAAAAUCGAUAAUCUGGAGCACAAAUCGACCAAACAAUCUCACGAUGAUAACUGGAUGAAAAAGACCGCUGAGAUGCUCGAGAUCGACCUGGAUAACUCGAACGAUGAGUCUGAUGCAGAUGAAAAAGACAGACAAACAAAGCCGAAGGGAGACAAUAAAGCGAUGAGCCAGGCGAAGAUUUUACGAACCCAAUUGAAAGAAAAACUAUCGGACCCAUUGAUCAUCAAGAAUAAUUCACUGAUCACCAGAUCCAAAACUAAUCAGAGCAAUCAUCAUCGUCCCCGGAAAAUCAAUAAUUGUUUUAUUAAGGACCCUCAAGUUAUUGAAAACUUUCUCUCUAAUCAGAAUCAUUCUCAUCUUGUCGGGUUGAAUCGCUCCGUGAACGCCUUAAAUGAACUCUCUUAA